AUGGAUAGUGGUGGGACGGGGGGCUGUGUGGAUACUGACAACAUGCUACAAAGAGCCAUCAGGAAUGUGCCUAGUUCCAUACCAAACUGUCAUCACAGAAACUCUGAAUGCCAGUUUUAUGUCUGGAUAAUUGUAGCCUUUUUGGGGUUAGCUCUGGUUGUAUCACUGAUCUUCAAUAUUUCCCACUAUGUGGAAAAGCAGCGACAAGAUAACAUGUACAGGUACUCUGAAGACUACAUUCCCAGGUAUGAUGAGUAUUAUAUUGAAGACACACCAAUUUAUGGUAACUUAGAUGACAUAGUCCCAGAACCAGUGGAUGAAAAUUGCUAUGAACAAAUGAAAGCUCGACCAGAGAGAUAUACAAAUGAACUGCAAGAAGCCACCCCACCUGCACAGGCAACUGAGGAACCACAGAUGUUCUAUGCCUCACUGCAUCACAACUGUGAGGGGAAGCUCAGGAAGCCCAAGAAAGAGAAUAGUUAUUUGAUAGACAAGGAUGAAGAUAAGCAGUUACAUGCUGUGGAUGCCAGCCUUUCUAAGACCACUUCGGUAAACAAUUUCCCACUUGAGAGCCAGGAAAUAGAGGAAAAUGUUCACGAUGAUCCCAUCAGACUGUUUGGAUUGAUUCAUGCAAAGAGAGAAUCUAUAAAUUAG